AUGCUGUUAACAGAUAUUCCCUCAGACAAUAUUUAUGCCCAUGCUUUGUGCAAGACCCUUACUAAAGUGCCUUCUCCUCUGACUGUGGGAUUGUAUUCAUCAUGUCACAACCGCAUCAAUAUGAUCCUCAGAAACAUAGAGAUUCAAAUGGAACAAGAAGCUGAAAGAAGAGAGCAGAAGUAUCAGGGGAGAUCAACUAAGCCAUCCUUCAUUAAUUUUGUGUCUCUGAUCACUCGACUCCUUUUCUUCCGGCCUGUUUGGACAGAGGAGGACCGGAGCAGAAAAAAUGUGCGAUAUGUGUUUGUAAGGUUUAGUGCCUGGCAUUUUGCUGGCAGUGAUUUGCUGUGGGCUGGAUUAAUAAUGCGAUUGUGCCAGGCCUUUGAGAAGAACUUUGGAAAGCUCCAGCUUGCUCUGUUCCGUGUGGCCCAAUAUGACGAGGAAAAAGAUUUUGAGAGGAAAAAGACUGAGGACAGCAUAAACAACUGGAGGUCAAAGAAGGUUUGCUGCUUUCCAUUAUGGGCUGUUGUCCUAGUUACAUUCAUUAUAACCCUCUUUAUAUUUGUUCCAAUUCUUAUAUUGGGUUUUAUAAAGUCAAACGAUGAGGGCAAAGUAGAUGUGAAAGAUGGAGAGGAUGAUGGGUUUGGAGCACUGGAAGGUUUUAUCAUCGCCAGUCUUGGAGUCCCGGCAGUUGGAGCUGCAAGAUUCAGUUUUCUGAUAGGGAAGAACCUCAUCCUCAACCAAGACAUCAAUGUCAAAAAAGUGAUGGACAAUCAGAAGGUUAGCGAGCAACUGGGGUUAAUGUAUGAAAUUCGAAAGGAAAUGAGACUGCUCUCAUGUUUUGUUCAUUUUUUAGAAGUCUUUGAGAGGAGGAAAAUCCGUGUGGUGCUUGAGAUUACAAAUCUAGACCGAUGCACACCAAAGAAAAUUGUGGGGGUCUUGGAUGCCAUCAAUAUCCUUCUGUCAGAUGAGGAGAGUCCUUUCAUUUCCUUACUUGCAGUUGACCCAGAAGUCCUUGUUCAGCAAGUGGACCAUGUAGAGAGCUGUUUUAGUAAAACAGACAGGGCGUUCAGCUUUCUGGAUCGCAUAAUCACAUUACCUUUUACUGUACCUUCUCUUUGCAAUAACUCAAAAUGCAAAGUUUUCUGGAACAUUGUAUGCGGUCAGUCUGAGAUACCUGAAGAUUUCCCUCUUGAUGAAAUUGAGCCAAAAGCACGAGGUAGUCCAAAGGUCUCUCUCUCCAUAGAGGAUGACACUGAAGCAAAGAAUGAACCAGUAAAAGACGACUCUUUGCUGCCUUUAACAGCCAAAAAUCAAAGGGCUGAAACUUAUGUGUCUGAACUUAAUGAGGAGGAAAUAGAACGAUUGAUCCAGUCUGCAUUUGAGGAAAUCAUCUUGAGUAACAGUAGUACCCUUCAUCACUAUAUCUCAGAGGACACCAUGUCCAUGAGAAGAGUUAUCAACUCAAUCCGAAUGUCAAUUUUGAUCAUGGAAGCACUGAAAACUGAACCUCCUCCAACAGAGAGAAUCGCUGCUUGGGUUGUCUUGGUGGACUGUUGGCCUUGCCGGUUGAGCUGGAUUCUGCAGUGCAUAGAGGAUGACCAACAGAGAGCUAAAAUAGAUGCAGGAUCACAAAUAGAUGCUGAUGAAACAAAAACACUUUGGGAAGUGUUCAGUGAACACAGAGUUGAGCUGCACAUGAUUGGGAAUGAGGUGGAGAAGUUCCUGGAGAGAGAUGGAGACCCAGAACUAUUUGAAAUGUUCCUCAAGAAAGAUUUUAGGAUCACAGUGGGUGAGGCAGACAGAUUUAAGUUAAGCACAGUGAACUUGGAUCACUCCAUCAAAAAAGAAAUGGCAAGAAUUAGGGGCAGCACAAGGCUUAGUGGUCCAGAAAGUAAUUCCUUCAACUCUCUCUCUGCAAGAACUGUGUUGAACAUGACUACAGAAGACAUUUGCAAAGAGCUCCCAAAACUAAACCUCCCGAGUAAAUACACUGAUGUCGUGAGGCAAAAUGAUCUGAAUGGCCGCACACUGCUCUGCAGUGACCCCGAUGAUCUAAGACAAGUACUCCAGAUGACCCUCGGUGAAUGGACAACCUUCAAGAUUCACUUCUUAGGACUCACUCCACUUGCCCCAUCAGUUCAGCCCGUAUACCGAAUCCUGGACAAGCACCACCAGUCAUGUCCACCGGGGGUGCUAAAGAGAAGCUAA